AUGGCCGCAGUGGACUCCUCCAAGCCCAUCGCAUUCUGCGAGCAUCUUCAACUUUCAAGUUUGGGCGUUCAACCAGCCUCCAUUUCAUUCCAGACUUUGACACUCGAAUCUGAUCAUUUCAUUUGCGUACGAGAAAAAAUCAAUGAACAGAACCAAGUCGUCAUCAUCGACCUCGCCGAUGCCAACAAUGUCCUACGGCGGCCAAUCUCCGCCGACUCUGCCAUUAUGCACCCCUCACAAAAGAUUCUUGCUCUGAAAGCUGCUCGCACAUUGCAAAUAUUUAACAUUGAGACCAAGCAAAAGGUCAAAUCUCAUGUCAACAGCGAGGACAUCGUGUUCUGGAAAUGGGUCAAUGAAACUACCAUUGGCAUGGUCACCGAAUCAUCCGUGUUCCACUGGACCAUCUCCGACCCCACAUCCCCUCCUCAGAAGAUCUUUGACCGCCAUCCUACUCUCGCUGGAGCCCAAAUAAUCAACUACCGCGUCACAUCUGAUGAGAAGUGGCUAGUCCUCAUUGGUAUCUCUGGGAACACAACAAACCCAUCCGCAUUCAAGGUCAAGGGCUCAAUGCAACUUUACAGCCGGGAACGCGGUGUCAGUCAACCAAUCGAGGGACACGCCGCUUCCUUCGCCGAGAUAAAGCUAGACGGCCACCAAAAUCCCACAAAGCUCUUUACAUUCGCUGUUCGCACUGCUACAGGGGCAAAGUUGCACGUUGUCGAGAUUGAUCAUCAAUCCCCCGAUCCUCCGUUCACUAAGAAGAAUGUCGAUGUCUACUUCCCACCCGAGGCGACCAACGAUUUCCCUGUGGCUAUGCAGGUAUCCAAGAAACACGGCAUCAUCUUUCUGGUCACGAAGUAUGGAUUCAUCCACUUGUACGACCUCGAAACUGGUGCUUGCGUAUACAUGAACCGGAUUUCUGGCGAGACGAUAUUUGUCACGGCAGAACAUGAAGCUACGAACGGCAUCAUCGGUGUCAACAAGAAGGGUCAAGUGCUUAGCGUUAAUGUUGACGAGCAAACGAUCAUUCCUUACAUAUUGACAACAUUGAACAACACCGAACUAGCAUUCAAGCUGGCCAGUCGUGCAAAUCUUCCUGGUGCGGAUGAUUUGUACAUUAAGCAAUACCAGCAAUUGUUCCAGAGUGGACAGUAUGGCGAGGCCGCCAAGGUCGCCGCUAACUCACCCCGAGGAAUCCUACGCACAGUCGCUGUCAUUGAAUCAUUCAAGUCGGCACCUACGCCACCUGGUGGACUCUCCCCCAUCCUGCAAUACUUUGGUAUCCUCCUCGAGAAGGGUGAACUAAAUCAUCUAGAGUCUAUUGAACUUGCGCGACCCGUUCUCCAACAAGGAAGAAAGCAACUCUUGGAAAAGUGGUUGAAGGAGCACAAAUUGACAUGCAGCGAGGAACUUGGUGACAUUGUACGGCUUCAUGACAUGAACGUUGCCCUCAGCGUUUACCUACGUGCCAACGUUCCAAACAAAGCCAUAGCUUGCUUUACCGAAACCGGUCAGACUGACAAGAUCGUGCGCUAUGCAAAGACAGUGGGAUAUACACCCGAUUAUGUUGCCUUGCUUCAACACAUCAUGCGCACCAACCCUGACAAGGGUGCGGAGUUCGCUGCUCAGUUGGUGAAUGACGAUUCUGGUCCCCUGGUUGACGUCGAACGGGUGGUCGAUAUCUUUAUUUCUCAGAAUAUGAUCCAACCUGCAACUUCAUUCUUAUUAGAUGCACUCAAAGACAACAAGCCCGAGCAAGGUCACCUACAAACUCGUCUUUUGGAGAUGAAUCUUGUCCACGCGCCUCAAGUUGCUGACGCUAUUCUCGGAAAUGAGAUGUUCACCUACUACGAUAGGCCAAGGAUUGCCAACCUUUGCGAGAAGGCUGGUUUGUUACAACGGGCGCUUGAACACUACGAGGAUAUCGCGGAUAUCAAGCGUGCCAUCGUUCAUACUACUGGUCUUCAACCUGACUGGCUUGUCAACUACUUCAGUCGCCUGACCACGGCGCAAUCCAUGGCCUGUUUACAAGAAAUGCUUCGGGUCAACAUCCGUCAAAACCUUCAAGUCGUUAUCCAAAUUGCCACGAAGUACUCUGACAUUCUUGGACCAGUCAAACUUAUCGAGAUGUUCGAGAGCUUCAAGAGCUUCGAAGGCCUGUAUUACUACCUUGGCUCUAUAGUCAAUCUGUCUGAAGAUCCAGAGGUCCACUUCAAAUACAUCCAGGCUGCUACCCGUACUGGGCAGAUCCGCGAGGUCGAACGCAUUUGCAGAGAAAGCAACUUCUACAACCCGGAGAAGGUCAAGAACUUCCUCAAAGAGGCGAAGCUUACCGAUCAACUCCCCCUUAUCAUUGUCUGCGACCGCUUCGACUUCGUUCACGACCUCGUUCUCUACUUGUAUCAGAACGGCCUCACCAAGUUUAUCGAGGUCUACGUGCAGCGCGUGAACUCGGUCAGAACUCCCCAGGUUGUUGGUGGUCUGUUGGACGUUGACUGCGAUGAGAUGACCAUCAAGGGUCUCCUCGCCUCAGUCACUGGCAAUUUCCCCAUCGACGAGCUUGUCCAUGAAGUUGAACAACGCAAUAGGCUGAAGUUGAUCCUUCCUUGGCUUGAAACUCGUGUUCAAGCUGGCAGCCAAGACCCAGCGGUGUUCAAUGCCGUAGCGAAGAUCUACAUUGACAGCAACAACAACCCCGAACAAUUCCUCAAAGAAAACAAUCUUUAUGAACCUUUGAUUGUUGGAAAGUUCUGCGAAGCUCGGGAUCCCUAUUUGGCGUAUAUUGCCUACGCGAAAGGUUUCUGUGAUGAAGAGUUGAUUUCAAUCACAAAUGACAACUCCAUGUUCAAGCAGCAAGCACGUUACUUGAUCAAGCGUCGCCAGCCCGACCUUUGGGCACAGGUUCUCGUCGCGGAUAACAUGCAUCGUCGGGCUCUUAUUGAUCAAAUCGUGGCGACUGCCCUUCCAGAGUGCACAGAUCCUGACGAUGUUUCGAUCACCGUUAAGGCCUUCUUGCAGGCGGAUCUGCCGAUCGAGCUCAUUGAGUUGCUGGAGAAGAUCAUCAUCGAACCGUCACCCUUCAGUGACAACAAGAAUUUGCAGAACCUUCUUCUCCUCACUGCUAUUCGCGCAGACAAGGGCAAGGUUGUUGGUUAUAUCAACAAGCUCCAGAACUACGACGCUGCCGAAAUCGCUAAAAUUGCGACGGAACACAGUCUCUACGAGGAGGCUUUGACAAUUUAUAAGAAGCAUGAGCAGCAUGCGAUGGCGAUCAACGUGCUGGUUGAGCAUAUUGUGUCGAUUGAUCGUGGGCUUGAGUAUGCCAACAAGGUCAACCAAACAGAAGUCUGGAGCAGACUUGCCAAGGCGCAGCUUGAUGGUCUGCGUAUCAAAGACUCCGUUGAUUCUUAUAUCAAAGCACAAGAUCCCUCUAACUUCUCAGAAGUGAUUGAGAUCGCCAAUCACGCUGGCAAGCACGACGACCUCGUUCGUUACCUUCAAAUGGCACGCAAGUCUCUUCGCGAACCCAAGAUUGACACAGAACUUGCCUACGCAUACGCCAAAACCGACCGUCUGCAUGAUAUGGAGGACUUCCUGGGCAUGACCAAUGUCGCAGACAUUCUCGAAGUCGGAGAGAAGUGCUUCGAGGAUGAGUUAUACCAAGCCGCCAAGCUGUUGUUCACCAGCAUCUCGAAUUGGGCCCGUUUGGCAACGACUUUGAUUUAUCUCGGAGAGAACCAAUCUGCUGUGGAGAGUGCCCGCAAGGCUGGGAACACACAGGUUUGGAAACAAGUCCACGCUGCUUGCAUUGAAAAAUCCGAAUUCCGAUUGGCUCAAAUUUGUGGUCUACACAUCAUCGUUCAUGCUGAGGAACUCAGUGCUCUCAUUCAACUUUACGAACGUCGGGGUCACUUUGAGGAAAUCAUCAGCCUUCUGGAAGCCGGAUUAAGCUUGGAACGCGCGCAUAUGGGUAUCUUCACCGAGCUGUCGAUCCUGCUCAGCAAGUACAAGCCAGCGAAACUUAUGGAACACUUGAAGCUGUUCGUUUCUCGCAUCAAUAUUCCCAAGGUUAUCAAGGCAACGGAAAAAGCGCACCUUUGGCCCGAACUCGUGUUCCUUUACAUCAAAUAUGAUGAGUUUGAUAAUGCUGCUCUGGCCAUGAUUGAACGCUCUUCUGACGCUUGGGAACACAACCAAUUCAAAGAAGUCAUCGUUCGGGCAGCAAACGUGGAGAUAUACUACAAGGCAUUGUCGUUCUACCUCCAGGAGCAGCCAACGCUGUUGACAGAUCUGCUUAGCGUUCUCAUCCCGCGUAUCGAUCAUAGUCGUGUCGUUCGUAUGUUCCGCCCAAUGGACCACAUUCCCCUCCUUCGUUCGUAUCUUAUCGCCGUACAACAUCUCAACAUUGAAGCUGUCAAUGAUGCAUACAACGACCUCUUGAUUGAGGAAGAAGAUUACAACACACUCCGUGAUUCUAUCGACAGCUUCGACAACUUCAACAACAUCAGCCUUGCUAAACGCUUGGAGAAACAUGAGCUUCUUGAAUUCCGCAGACUUGCUGCUCAUUUGUACAAGAAAAACGCGCGAUGGGAAGAGUCAAUAUCGCUCUCGAAACAAGACAAAUUGUACAAGGAUGCAAUGGUCACCGCCGCUGUUUCGGCAUCGACAGAGGUUGCCGAGGAGCUACUUUCAUAUUUCGUGGACAUUGGAAACAAGGAGUGUUUUGCCGCUCUCCUAUACGUCUGCUUCGAUCUCCUCCGCUCCGACAUUGUGGAGGAGCUCUCAUGGCAACACGGCCUCACUGACUUCUAUAUGCCUUACAAAAUUCAAGUGCAACGGUCGCUGGUGGAAAAAUUGGCUCAGCUUGAGAAGGAAGUCAAGGAGCGGUCGAAGAAGGAUGCACAAAAGGAGCAGACAGAGUCUGAGGCUCCCAUCAUCAACCCUGGUGGCUUUGGUAGUACAUUGCUGUUGACGAACGGUUUCGUUGGUCAAGCUCCUCCGGUGAAUGGCAUUCCAUAUGCCAUGACUGGGUUUGGUCAUUGAUUUCCCCCUCGUCAUAUGUGUAUAGCUGGAUGUAUAAUUUUGUUCCCUUCACUAAUUGGAUGCUUUCGUUUUC